CUCCACAGCAGGGACAAAAGAGUGUGAAACGCGUUUCUCUGCCGGUUACAUCCGGGUUUUUUGGUUUAGGGGUUUCCCGCCCUUUGUGUUACGUGAGGAGGGAGGGCCGCCAUGAAGUGCGUCAUUGGGGGGACGCAGCUCAGAGUGUUUGGCAGAGCCGUGCACGCCAUGGCGCGGGUUAGCGACGAGUUCUGCUUCGACCCCAUAGACAGAGGUCUUGCAUUAAGAUCAGUGAAUUCUUCUCGGUCGGCGUAUGCGUAUGUCUUCUUCUCAUCCAUGUUUUUCCAACAUUACUGCUGCACAGCUGCUCCUCUGCCGUGUCAGAAAGAAAAACAGUUGUCACUUGCGUGCAAAUUGAUCAUUAAGUCAGUUCUUCCUAUAUUCAGAUGCGUGAAGGUGCUGGAGAAGCACGUGGAGAAAUGCAACAUUUACACAAAUGCUAAAGAUCACCACAUAACUUUUCAGCUCCUCUGCAGAAAUGGCGUUGUGAAAACACAUAAUCUGGCUUUUCAAGAAUGCGACCCAUUGCAGGCUGUUUUUGCAAAGCAAAUGUGUCCAAAUGUCCUCAGAGCCCACUGCAGGCUGCUGGCUGAUAUAAUGGUUCACUUUCCAUCGGGUCAAGAAGAAGUCACCUUAUCCGUCACUCCAACCAGGGUUUGCUUCAGGAGUUACACUGAGGAGGACGCUGACUUUCCAAAGGCGAUGGUGACCGAAAUACAACUGAAUCCAGAUGAAUUUGACUACAUCCAAGUUGGAGUUGAUUCUGAAGUGACGUUUUGCCUUAGAGAACUGAGGGGACUGCUGGCGUUUUCAGAAGCUACCAGUGUUCCUGUCUCAAUCCAUUUUGACGUGCCUGGCAAACCAGUUGCUUUCAGCAUUGAGGACAUGGUGCUGGAAGCCAGCUUUAUUUUGGCUACGCUGUCUGACAUCACAAGUGAGACGGCUUCCCAGGAGCCUGCGUGCACCUCACAGCCGCAGGACAGCUCAAAGACACGCGUGGACAAAUCCACCAAUGAGGGUGGCAGUGCUGAAGCAGUUGCUUCCAAAAGGCCACGACGGAAUGGAAACACACAGAGCGGAGCAUCGGGGGCACCUGCAAGUCCCUUGGCUAAACAGGUUAGAAGCGUUCCCACGGUGUCCUACAGAGAUACUGCAGGCAUGGGAAGAGCAGCUGUAAUGGAAACAGAUGAGCAAGCACCAGAAGCAGAGUCUCCUUAUCACAAGUUUCACUCGUUGUUCUUUGGAGCAGUCUCUUGCAAGGAGCAGGACACCAGCAGUCACACCGUCCAUAGUUUAGCAACAGCCAGCGACACGGAAGAGGAUCUCGGCAAGACACAGAGCUCACAAGUUGUCUAGUAACGUGAAUGAAUCUAAGACUAACGUGGGCUGCCCUGGAAGUUAAGUGUGUAUUUGGCACAGUGUAGAGCUGUGUCUGGCUUUAGAAUGAAGUUUUUCUGUUAUGAAAGCAUCCUCAUCAUUAGGCAAGUGGGUUUAAUGGAAACUAACUGUACCUGUGUUCUGAUCGUUCUAAAAUGGAGGAUGCAAAGUUAGGUCAUUUCGUUUUGUACAUCCUGUUGCUGUGUUUUGUACGUUCAGCUCUUCAGCUGUGUCAGAGCUUCACACAAAGCUGCUCUUGUACAGUUACAAGCACUGGAAGAAACCACCCACUCCUGUACAGCCAAAUGAUUGCUGAUGUGGUUGUUGGUUUGAUGACAGAAACUUGUAGAACUGAGUACUUGGCUGACGAGAAGCUGCAUAAAGAUGCAUUUAGAAAAUAAAAAUGAUGCAAUAACUGAUUGGGAA